CGAAAAUGAAAUCAAUUUUGACAGCCUCUGUUCUUCUGGUCUAUUUCUUACAAGCAGGUCUUGCGAAUCCAAUAAACUAUUGGGACAAUGAUUUUUCAUAUACACAUGAGCUCAUACAAGAGUCCAAGGUAUCUAUGGCUGCUAAUACUGCUGAUUUCCAAGCAUCCUUUCAUGUCUUAAGCUGGGACGAAGCGUACGAAAAGGCAAAAAUAAUGGUCCAAGCCAUGACAUUAGAACAAAAAGUCAAUAUUACUACUGGUAUCGGAUGGGAAAGUGGACCAUGCGUAGGUAAUACAGGAAGAACCACAGGUCCCGAUUUCCCCGAACUAUGUUUACAAGAUUCACCUUUGGGUAUUCGAUUCACUGAUGGUGUUAGCUCUGGUGUAUCUGGUAUUAAUGCAGCUGCUUCCUUUGAUCGUGAAGCCAUUCGAAAACGAGGUGAAUAUAUGGCAAAGGAAUUCCGAGCUAAAGGUAUUCAUGCUCAAUUGGGGCCUUCAAUGAAUAUGUUGAGAGCACCGGCUGGUGGUCGUAAUUGGGAAGCCUUUGGAGAAGAUCCUUUCUUAGUUGGUGUAGCUGCAUCAGAAACUAUUCAAGGCAUCCAAAGCCAAGGUGUGAUGGCAGUAGCAAAGCACUUGAUAGGAAAUGAACAGGAAACAAAUCGUCUAGUGCAUUCGGUUGAUAUUGAUGAAAGAACAAUUCAAGAAGUGUAUUUGUGGCCAUUUGCAAGAUCUGUAGAAGCGGGCGUAGCCUCUGUCAUGUGCGCUUACAACAAAAUCAACGGUGUCUAUGCUUGUGAAAAUGAACAUGUACUGAACAAUCUCUUAAAAAAACAACUAGGAUUCAAAGGAUUCAUCCAAAGCGAUUGGUCUGCUACUCAUUCUACCGAAGAUAGUGCUAAUCAUGGAUUAGAUAUGACCAUGCCAGGCGACAUUACCUUCCAUUCGGGAGAUUCAUAUUUCGGUGCUAAUUUGACAAGAGCUGUAAAGAAUGGAAAAGUGAGUGAAGAUAGAGUGACCGAUAUGGCAAUGAGAAUAGUCGCUUCUUGGUACAAGCUAGGACAAGAUCAGAACUUUCCCGAAACAAACUUUGAUAGCUUUAGACCUGAAAAAGGAAAGCAUAUUGAUGUCCAAGAAGACCACAAAGUAUUAAUCCGAGAAAUGGGUGCUAUGUCUACUGUCUUGCUAAAAAAUCAAGAAAAUAUCCUGCCUUUAAGCACAACAAGUACACGAAAACUAGCCAUCAUUGGUUCAGAUGCAGGUCCUAGUCUAAGAAAGUUGAAUUGUGAAGAUCAUGGAUGUAAUGAUGGGUCAUUAGCCCAAGGCUGGGGAUCUGGCACAGCUAACUUUCCUUAUUUGGUGACGCCUGCAGAUGGUAUUAAACAGAGAGCCGGAAACAAGAUGAUCAUCAAAGAACAUUUAAAUGAUAAAGACAUUACGACAGCUUCACAAAUAGCUUCCGAGGCUGAUAUUGCUAUUGUGUUUGUCUCCGCUAAUUCUGGAGAAGAGUUUAUUACUGUAGAAGGUCAUAAAGGUGAUCGAUUCCAUUUGAAUCUUUGGAACGCAGGCGAUGAUUUGAUUAAAGCUGUCGCAGAUGUAAACAAGAACACAAUUGUUGUAAUUCACUCUGUAGGUCCAGUUCAUAUGCCAUGGAUUGACCAUCCCAAUAUCAAAGCACUGGUAUGGCCCGGCCUUCCUGGUCAAGAGUCUGGCAAUUCAUUAGCAGAUGUUUUGUUUGGUGAUGUAAAUCCGUCGGGGCGUCUUCCAUAUACAAUUGCAAAGGACAUCAAAGACUAUCCUGCUGAAAUUUCAAAUGAAAUGAAUUUUUCUUACAAAGAAGGCCUUUAUAUUGGCUAUCGCUGGUUUGAUCAAAAGAAAAAAGAUCCACUCUUUGAAUUUGGUCAUGGUCUCUCUUACACCAAAUUUGAAUAUGAAAAUAUGGCAGUGGAUGUACAAGGUGAUUCAAACGAUCCAACUGUAGCUAUCAGUGUCACCGUCAAAAAUGUAGGAGGAUUUGACGGUGCAGAAGUCUCUCAACUUUAUCUCUCUUAUCCCAAGGUUGCUAAUGAACCACCUCAACUUCUUCGUGGUUUUGAAAAAGUAUUCAUAUCAAAAAAAUCUGAACAAACAGUCAAGUUUAUGCUCCAAAGAACCGAAUUAAGUUAUUACGACUUAGAUGCUCAUGCUUGGGUAGUACCUAAAGGAGAGUUCAUUGCACACAUUGGUGCUAGUAGUAGAGACAUAAAGCAUUCAUCAUCAUUUAUUUUGAAUUAAACAUAUUUAUUUGAAGAGAGGGU